AUGAGUGGAGCUGUAGUCUCCUCCUCCCCACCCUCUCUUACACCAACGUCGGCACGGACUACAUCACCCAGUGUCCUCUGCGCGGAUCCUGAGUCUUCAUGGAGAGCUGGGGCUAGAGUGCCAGGUGAUAUCAGCAUGUCCCAGCCACUGGCUUCCCCAUUGGGCCUCCCAGAGGAACCUGACUUGCUGAAGUUUCCCAGCUCUCCCUCCAGCCUGGCCCAGGAAUUCCUAGAGGAAGAAUUAAGACUAAAUGCUGAACUGGACAAACUUCAGUUCUCAGAGCCUGUGGGCUUUAUUUAUAAUCCCUUGAAAUAUGCCUUGGAGCUUCACCGAAACUAUGUUACCAGAUACUGUCAAGGUCCCAAGAAAGUGCUGUUUUUGGGCAUGAAUCCAGGGCCCUUCGGCAUGGCCCAGACUGGGGUGCCCUUUGGGGAGGUAUCUGUGGUCCGGGACUGGCUGGGCAUUGUGGGGACAGUGUUAGCCCCACCCCAGGAGCAUCCCAAGCGGCCAAUCCUGGGGCUAGAAUGCCCACAGUCAGAGGUGAGUGGUGCUCGAUUUUGGGGCUUUUUCCGUGCCCUCUGUGGGCAACCUGAGACUUUCUUCAGACACUGCUUUGUCCACAACUUAUGUCCUCUUCUUUUCUUGGCCUCUACUGGACGCAAUCUCACACCCGCAGAGCUACCUGCCAAGCAAAGGGAGCAGCUGCUGGGCAUAUGUGAUGCUGCCCUUAGACGCCAAGUGAAGCUCCUGGGUAUUCGCCUGGUGAUAGGAGUGGGGCGCCUGGCAGAACAACGGGCUCGCCGGGCCCUGGCAGACAUGGUGCCUGAGGUGCAGGUAGAAGGGCUUCUGCAUCCUUCCCCUCGAAGCCCACAGGCCAACCGGGGAUGGGAAGCUGUGGCUAGAGAACGACUGAAGGAGUUGGGCCUCAUGCCUCUGCUGACGGUUGAAUGAAGCCACCAAAUGAUAGUGUUGAAGGGUUGAAGACAACAGGAGAAGCCAAUGUUCCCAGACAUAGAAUUCUCAUCCUCCUUGGACAUGCAGAAGACAAUAUGCCAGCUGGGCUGAACAUACAUGUAAUAAGGUGCUGUUUGUAUUUGCAAUAUCCUGACCAGAUCCCUUCUGGAGAACUGGAAAACACUGACUUUCAUUCUCUGAAUUCUCUUUAUACCUAUCAUUUCAGUCAUAACACUAUUCGCACUCCUUCUACUUCAGUGCCUUCUCAUUUGAGUCCUUCUCAGGGCUUGGUGCCCAUACACUACAGGAAAUUGGCAAGAAGUAGAUGCUUUCCCAGAUAUCAUGAUAAUGUCUAUCUUUUCCUCCUCCUUGGUGGUCUGGUGAAAUGGCCUGUGGACAUGAUACUGGCACCCUCAGAAGAUGAACUUGCUGUUCUCAGAAAAAAGGUUCCAACCACAAGCCAUGCUUCUCUCUAGGAAACUGAAUACCUAAGUCUUCUCCUUUGGCCUUGCCCUUUUAGGACAUAGAAACUAGAGAGGAGCAGCAUUGCAAAGGGAGAGAUCGGUUAGACUUCAUGGAGGACUUCCUGACCCUUGAGGGUUGGAGGCUCCAAAAUACACUAGCAAGAGCCAGGACAUCUCCGUCCUUGAGCAGAGGAGAAACUUUCCUACUCGUACUCUGUGGUGAAGAACUUCUCUGCCCAGGGGAACCUGGUCACCUCUAGAAAAACCUUUUUAGCCUGAACACUUACUUCUGGAUACAUUA